AUGUCUAUUCAACUUCGUGAAACCAUUCUUGAAUGUCUUGCAGAAGCUCAAUCUGACUUAAAUGAGAAGAAGCAAAAAUCCCUGCAAACCUUGGCCACAAUCACAAAGGUCAGCCCACAAAACAGGAAUUUGCUGGCACAAACAAAUGGUGCAAUCCCUGCACUUCUCCAACUAUCCAAGUCAUCCUUCCCAAAUAUCCAUAUUCUUGCACUAUCUAUACUCUUCAACCUGUCCCUUAACCCGAAUAUUAAACGCUCUCUAGCAGACAUGGAUAUUAUUUUCUACCUCAAUUCUGUAAUUCUGUCCCCCAGCUCGACCGAAAUCAGCAAACUAGCAGCCUCUUUGCUGUGCAGCCUGGCAAUGUUGGACAAGAACAAGGCCAAGUUUGGUGUCGCUGGUACCAUUCAGGUUCUGGUGAAAGCAAUUUCUCGACCCAAAAAUCCUGCGGCUCAUCACCUGCUCAGCACAUUGGCCGAGCUCGUGCUGUUUCAUGGGAAUUGUACGGUGGCAGUUCAGUCAGGAGCAGUUCCCGUGCUGGUCCAAGUGGUGGAAAGCACUGAGGGCGAGGAUCUUGCUGGAACUUCCUUGACAAUCCUAGGAUUACUCGCCAGAUUCGAUGAAGGAUUAACUGCUUUAAGGAAAACGGACGAAAUAGUAAGAAAAAUGCUGGAAGUUUUAAAAGGGAGGAGCAUGUUGAGUAAGGAGGGGGCUGCAGAAAUUCUUCUGCGGUUGUUUGAUGACAGUGAAGGGUACCUGAGAGAUGCUUUAAUGCUGCCGGAAUUUUCUUCUGUGCUGGCAGAUAUUUCAGUGAGAGGCUCGGGAAAGGCUCGAGAAAAGGCUGGUUUACUGAUGAAAAAGCUCAUGGAAGCUAGCUUUAAUUCGACUACCGAUGGAGUUUCUGGUUUUCUCCAAUGGUAA